AUGUUUUUUAUAAUUGCAUUUCUUCUCUAAAGUGUUUUAAGUGUGCAAUUUACAUUCUUAUUAAAAUCAAAAGAAUUGAAAUGUUUUGGAGAAAAUAUAGGAUAAAAUAGUUUAGUAGUUGGUGCUAUUUCAGGAAAUUCAAGCGAAUACUCUCUAAAAAUUCAUGUAAUAAUAUUGAAUAUGAUAGAUGCCUACAAAAAAGGUUGAUAAUAUACUUUAAUAUUCUCAUAGUUUAGAAUUGUAAAAGUUUUCAUUUACAACAAAUAAUACAUAAUUGAAUUAUCAGUUUUGCAUUCAUAAUUUAGCAAACUCUUAUAUGAGUUUUAAUUUUACAUUAGUAACAGGAAUGGAUGCCUAAGAUUUUUCUUUAUUGGCUUAGAAGGAAGAUUUAAAACCUUUAGAAAUUCAUUUAAAGAAAUUGAAUGGUUUAGUAAAUGCAAUUGAAGUAAGAUUAUGUAUUUAAUUAUAGCUUGAUUCAAAAGAGAUGGAGGAGAGAUAAUCAAAUAGAUUUUCAGGAGUUUCAAAAAUAUCUUAUAAAAUAAUAUUAUUUAGUGUGGCAACUUUACUUUUAAUGAUGCUGACAAAUUUUGUAUAAGCUCGAAAAUUAAAACAAUUUUUCAAAUACAAAAAACUUAUUUGA